AUGAACUCUGUCCACAAACGGAACAAAACAAACAGCUCCCCGAUGAUCCAGCUGAAGUGUAGAGGUGCACACCAGAAAAAGAGAGUGCCUAUAAAGUGUGAUGAUGUUGCCGUGUAUUUCUCUAUGGAGGAGUGGGAGUAUAUAGAGGGACACAAGGAGCUUUACAAGGACGUCAUGAUGGAGACUCACCAAGCACUAAGGACUAUGGAGGUCCCAGGAAAUGAGAGCUCAGCCGCUCCAGCGCUUCACCAGCCCGUCGCAAGCCUCUUCAUACAAUUAACAGGUCACAGUGAUGAAAAUAUAGACCCAGGAGCAGAUGCAGAACUUGUACAGAAUAUUCUGCCAGUGGAGACCCCAUCAGACGUAUCUGCAGGUAACAGAUCUAUGGCAGAAGCUGCUGUUAAUGUUUUCUUUACCAUUUAUUUGAAAACUCAGAUUCUGAAAUGA